CACAACAGUGGAUUGAAUGUCGCCCCCCAUUCAGACUCCUCGUCUGCCCGUGUUUAAUCAAACGAAGACGUUGACAAAACAAAUGUAUCUUUGCACAUUUCGAUCUGUGUUUGCUUAAAAGAAACUCACUUAAAGGGACGGUGUUAUCGCUUUGUUUAUAAUUUAAUUCAAUACAAUAUUUGUUUAGUCACUCAUUCCCUUUUCCGCUCUCCCCUCUCCUUUUUUUGCCAAAGGCAUUAGCUUAUACAAAGUGAAGGAACUGUUCGCACCGGUGGGGAAACCAGAAAACGAAAGAACUCGGCAUCAGAUACCGUGUGACCAGGAGAGAAAAACUUUCCUCUUGGGGGAAAAAGAAUGUGGUAAAGAAAUAGAAAAAAAGGAACGUUUCUUCUAAAACAGGUGUGUACACUUCGGCAGAGACUCUCAGCUUUGGCGUUUCCUGAUUGGCCGGGCUCCGCAGCGCCGCCGCGAUGGACGUGAAGGACCGGCGCCACCGCUCGCUAAACAGGGGCGGCUGCGGGAAGGAGACGCACUACGCCUCCUCCUCCCUGGAUGGCGAGGACUGCCGCGUGCCCACCCAGAAAUCCUACAGCUCCAGCGAGACGCUCAAGGCCUACGACCGGCACGACGCGCGCCUGCACUACACCGGCUGCAUGACCGAGCUCGUCCACCGGGAGGUCAGCGAGUACUCCCGCCAAGGGAACUUCACUCUGGCGGAGCUGGGCAUCUGCGACCCGCCCUCGCACCAGAGCGCGUACUGCCCCGACCUGGGCCUGCUGCAGCGCAGCUGCUCCCUGAGCGCGGGCUCCGACGGCGACUCGGACCCCCCCGACGGCGGCAUGUCCCCCGAGCGCGCCGUCCAGCUGUGGAGCGGGUGCGGCUCCAAAUCCCGCCGCAGCUCCGGUCUGUCCAGCCGCGAGAACUCCGCCCUCACGCUCACCGACUCCGACAACGACAACAAGUCUGACGACGAGUCAGGUAGGGGAGAGAGAGAGAGACAGAGACAGAGAGAGAGAGCGAGAGAGAAAGAGAGUGAGAGAGAGAGACAGACAGAGAGCGAGAGAAAUGGAAGAGAGAGAGAGCGAGAGAGAUGGGAGAGAGAGAGCGAGAGAGAUGGAAGAGAGAGAGAGCGAGAGAGAGGGGAGAGAGAGAGCUGUGUGAUCUGGAGUGAUAUCUUGCUGCUCAUCAUAUGAAGCGUGAGAAGAGGGAUAUUUACCGGGAAAAAUGCGCAAAAAAUACACAUACACACAUCGAUUCACAAACACACACAGGUGCACAUGUACACACACACACACACAGACACACACACAAACACUCCCACAAAUGUCAUGUCAGAAAGGCAUCCACAGAAAUGCAUCCCUCUUCCCACUGCAAUUGUCAUCCUUUACAAUUGUUGUUGUGUGGGUGGAUAUCGCUCUCGUUCUCGUUCUGUCUUUGACUGCACUGGUGAAAUACCCUUUAUUGAAGAAAUAAAAAAAAUUCUCAGCUUAGCCUAAGGU